UAUAUCAUCUGCUUCAAUCUCAAAAUGCAAAUGAUGGAUGUGAUUGACAAUUCUCUGGUUAGUGAAGAUUUACUUGAGAAGAAAUAUGAAGAUGCACCAAGUACUCUGAGAAAUUUCUUCCGAACUUAUCUUGGAAAUGGAGUCAAUCCAUCAAUGGGAAGAACUGUCAAACUGUCAAAAACCAGAUACAUGAAUAUGCCAUGGCAGAACGAUACAAAUAAAGUUGACUGUGGAAUUUAUGUGAUGCGCCAUUUGGAGACUUACAUGGGUGGUCCUGUUCGUAACUGGAAUUCGGGUUUAACGAAGAAGGGAACAGAGUCUUUCAUAAAACUCCGUGCCAGAUAUACUGAAGCAUUGCUUAUUGGAGAUACUAACAAGAAGGCUUUUGAGACACUUACAAUGAUAAAGAAGAAGUUUGAGAAUGACAGCAAAAAAGGAGAAAUUGAUGUUGAAAAGAUGAUUAGAGAAUUUAAACCCCCUGUAUACUAACUUGUAUGACUUGAUAAUAGCGUUUUGUAAUAGUGGUUUCGAAUAUAAUCACCCAAAA